AUGGCGGCGGCGCCAUUGAUCGUGUCUCUGUUGUGCUGCGCGGCUCUGGCGGUGCACGCGUCGCACGUCGUGUACCCGGAGCUCCAGUCCUUGGAGGCCAAGGAGGUCGGCCAGGAGCUACGCACCGGGUACCACUUCCAGCCCCCAAAGCAUUGGAUCAAUGGGCCGAUGUACUAUAAGGGGCUGUACCAUCUCUUCUACCAGUACAACCCCAAGGGCGCCGUGUGGGGGAACAUCAUCUGGGCGCACUCGGUGUCGACGGACCUCAUCGACUGGGUGGCGUUGGAGCCCGGGAUCUACCCGUCCAAGCCGUUCGACAUCAACGGUUGCUGGUCCGGCUCCGCCACCAUUCUGCCCAAUGGUGUCCCGGUCAUCAUGUACACAGGCAUCGACCCCAACGAACGCCAGGUGCAGAACGUUGCGUAUCCGGCCAACCUCUCCGACCCCUUCCUCCGCAAGUGGGUCAAGCCUGACUAUAACCCCAUCAUCAACCCCGACCGUGGCAUCAACGCCAGCGCCUUCCGUGAUCCCACCACCGCUUGGUACGGGCCGGACGGACACUGGAGGCUCGUGGUGGGCAGCAAGGAGAACAUGAGGGGGAUCGCCGUGUUGUACCGGAGCCGGGACUUUAGGAGGUGGAUCAGGGCACACCACUCGCUGCACGCUGGGUUCACGGGGAUGUGGGAGUGCCCAGACUUCUUCCCCGUGGCGGUGGCCGGCGGCCGCCGUCACCAUCAGAGCGGUGUGGACACCGCAGAGCUGCGUGACAGCACUGUCGCCGCGGAGGUAAAAUAUGUGCUCAAGGUGAGCCUGGACGCAACGCGCUACGAGUACUACACCAUUGGCUGGUACGACCACAGCAAGGACAGGUACACCCCCGACCUUGCCUUCCCAGACAAUGACUACGGUCUCCGCUAUGAUUACGGCGACUUCUACGCAUCGAAGUCGUUCUAUGACCCGGUGAAGAAGCGCCGGGUUCUCUGGGGCUGGGCCAACGAAUCCGACACUGUUCCCGACGACCGCCAGAAGGGUUGGGCCGGCAUCCAGGCGAUACCUAGGAAGAUCUUCCUGUCGCGGGGCGGGAGGCAGCUAAUACAGUGGCCGGUAGAGGAGAUCAAGUCAUUGCGUGCCAAGCACGUCAAUGUGAGCGACAAGGCCGUCAAGGGCGGCGAGUACUUCAAGGUCGGCGGCUUCAAAUCCGUGCAGUCGGACGUGGAGGCGGCGUUCAUGAUCAAGAACCUUGAGAAGGCGGAGAAGUUCGACAUGGCGUGGCGGACAGACGCGCAGGGGCUGUGCAAGAAGCUCAACUCACAUGUUAAGGGCGGCGUUGGGCCAUUUGGGCUCUGGUUGCUUGCCUCUGACGACCUCAAGGAGAGGACAGCUGUUUUCUUCAGAGUGUUCAAGAAGAACGACACCAGCUAUGUCGUCCUCAUGUGCAACGACCCUACAAGGUCGUCAUUCGAGUCGCAGAUCUACAGGCCGACCUUCGCCGGCUUCGUCAACAUCGACAUAGCCAAGACCAAGAAGAUCGCCCUCAGGACAUUGAUCGACCACUCUGUCGUGGAAAGUUUUGGUGCCGGCGGCAAGACGUGCAUCCUGACGAGGGUCUACCCGAAGAAGGCCGUCGGGGACAACGCGCACCUCUUCGUCUUCAACAACGGAGAGUCGGACAUCAAGCUUACCAACCUGCGUGCAUGGGAGAUGAAGACCCCCACGAUGAACAAGCGUCUGGGGCAGUAGCAACAGCCCGGCCCGAUCGAUAGAGGAUUCAGAGUAGCCUAGACUAGCCAUAGCUAGCUAGCUUGUUGAUUUAGUUGAGAUUAAUUAGGAGAGGUCCAGGUUUAGUGAUGAGUUGUUAGAAAGGACCGGAAACGGUCCGUUUUGUUUCAGAACCUUUUCCAAAUGGCAGGAGGCCUUGAAAAGCCAGCAUUUUUUGU